CUCGAUAGAGACAGACAGACAGACGGACGACCACCAGCAGUACACCACACCCGACCAAAGGAAAGAGUGCACUAGCCGCCCCCCUCACUCACUCAACACGCAAAGAGGCAGGCGCUGCCAGGGGGUGAGAUCUGUGCCGAAGAAGGCGAGGCCUUUUUUGUGUCAAAGGAUCCCUGCGCCUCUGUCCGCCCCGUCGGAGCUCAAUUGACCGGUGAGCACAUCAGAGAGCACUCAGCAAGUGGACCAUCCAGUCGCACACAGACUUAUCAAAGAGUACUCCCCGCCACACACACGAGAGACACAAGGGCCUUACACACUCCACACACGAAGAAAUAAGACCACAGCCAUCACCACACAGUGACUAUCGCUUGUACUUCUCCAUGAUCUUUCUGAUCUCCGGCCUGUUCUUCGCCUCGCCCCACGGGGUGUCGCCCUGUCGUCAUGAGAUGAGAUGAGCACAUGACUCGACCCAUCGAUGGUGUGAAUGUCUGUGUGCACUCACAUAGUUGUUUUUGAUGUCGAGCAGAGCACCGCCGCCCCACUCGAGCCUUUGGGAGUGACACACGGAGACAGAGAGAGAGUGGGGGAGACAUUCGCGUCAGUCAUCCGUCUGUGUCGCUCACAGCUGAGACGCAACUGCAGAUUCGCCCACCACUGCAGCAUAAUGGAGUGGCGUCCAGCGAUGCUGUGUGUGUCAUGCAAACAAAAGAAAGGCAAUCAAUCAGAUGAGAGGCAUUCUCUUUCUGUUUCGCCCGCAUGAGGUCUCACAUUGUCCUUCUGAGUGAGAAGGUCUUCCCCUCCUUUGGCAUACAGAGCCUUCAGCACAUCGACAUGACCACCCGCGGCAGCCUUGAUGAAUGGCGUCAUGCCAAACUGCAAUCAACACAGACACACACACACACAGUCCACACACAAUCGUCACACUGAGGUGUCAGAGACAUGUGUGUGCUCUCUUACCACUUUGUUGCGUGCAUCGAUCAGUUUGAGAUCCCACGCCAGCAGCUGAUUGACCGCCGCAACAUGACCCUUGGAGGCAGCGUAGUGCAGGGCGUUAAAACCAAUCUGUAUUUCAUCACAGCCAACACAUCUCUUCACCAGCAGCACAGAUCAUGGUUUGUAUGUCUCGGUACCCCGCUUGUUUGCUGCAGUACGUCAAGUUUGCUCUCAUACAUGACUUUCAUGACGCCAACGUGACCCUUCUCAGCAGCUUCAAGGAAGGGUGUGUCCCACUGCAGUAUGAAAAUACAAGUCGAGUGUCUCUGCUGCGCGUGCAAGUCGGAAGUGCGUCACUAUGCAGCAGAAGCACGUGACUUCUUCCUCGUCGAGGAUGCUCGGUCCGUGCAGCUUGAUUAGCUCAGCAACAGACGUGACGUCACCAGCUCUCACCGCAGAGUAAAUGUUUCUCUUCAACACACAGCAUACAUCACAUACAAGCGACUGUGUGAGGCCUGAACGAUCAGCUGUGCCCUUUCGGUAUUACCCGUCUGAUCUUCGUCGGGAGGGCUUCAUUAUCGAUUCUCAGGACGGUGUCCGCCCGACAUGCAACAGCGAAAGAGAAAUGUUUGCCAUUGGUAGGACUCCGUUGUCUGGCAACGGUUCUCUUACGGCUUUGGUUUGUGGCUGUGGUGCCUUCGGAGGUGACUCGGCUGAUGCGUCAGGCCGACCAGGAGACGCUACAAUACACGCAAAUCAAGUGGAGUGUCUCUCUCUGCCGCUGCCUCAUAUACCGACCUCUUUCCUCUGACGGGACCACAGGCUUGAUCUGUGCCGGAGAGACCGUGCUGGGCAGCCCCGUUGUAGUGCUGGCCAUGCUGGUGUGCACACCCGAUGUGGGGCUGAUGGGCGACACGCCAACGGGACUCACGGCGGCAGGGGGGACGGCCGGCGCCGCAUUUUGUACUGUUGACUGACUCGAUGAAAUGCCGAGCUUCGCAAGCACCUGCUGGCGAGUCAGAUGCGACAAACUGACAUGGCGUACGCUUAACCCAGUCGUAUGUCGAAUACCUCCGUCGCUGUCGGGCGAUCGGCCGGAUUGAACGCAAAACAACUCUGAUUGACACAAAGCGGCAAUGGCGCGAGACACAGCGUCCAUAAGGCCGCUUUCAUUUUCAUGUGCCUUGAUGGCCUCCUUGGUGUGUUGGGGCAGGAAGAUGGGAAUGUCAGGAACCUGACAGAAAGGGAGACACGGGUGAAUGGAUAAUGAGGCGGCAGAGGGGAGACGACUAUUGGUUUUCGAUGCCAGAUCAGUUCAAUACCUCCUUGUCAACGACGAUUUUCUUAACGAUCACCGCCGUGCCUUUGCCCUUGAAGGGAGGCCGACCUGCACGCAAAGUUCGUCGUGGCGCUUUCUGUCUUUGGGCUAUGUUACAGAGGAUUUGCUGCUCACCUCCGUGAAUUUCUCCCAGUACUGAAGACGGACAUACACACAGAUGCAUCAGGGAGAGGCGAUGAGGAAAUAGUUGUGGGAUGGCUUACUGCCGCCCAAAGCCCAUAUGUCCGCCUUGACGGUCAACUUGUCCACUGAAAGGCACAACCAUAAGGCCCUCCAGUCACAUCGACUCGCUUUGCUUACAGUCUGUGUCGAAGCCCUCGGGGGGCAUAUAGUUUGCGGUCCCUCCAACAAAAGUGAGUGUUGUCUUUCUCUGAGCGCCCCGAAUCAUCCCAAAGUCCGAUAUCUUCAGAGUAAGGCCUUCACUCAACUGACAGACAAACAAGUAGGAGGAGAACAAGAGUUCUGGAACUCUGUGAAAGAGAGGCUCUCUGUCGUGACCGACAAGAAUGUUCUCCGGUUUCAGAUCUCUGUGGACGAUGCCCUGGUCGUGCAAGUACUGCAGACCCUCACAGAUCUGUGACCAACACACACACAGAUGAUGGAGACGCAAGAAGCCCUCUGCACUCCUUUUGACCUGUUUGGCGAAUCUGUCUCGCACGUCGGACGGCAGUGGUCCGUUCUUGGCCAGAUAAGCCGCCAGGGAGCCGCCCUUACACAACUCUGACGAGAAUGACAAAAGGAGACACCAGAAGGGACAAGGCCGAUGGGGGAGAGGAGUGCUACCUAGUACCAAGGACAAUCAUGAGUCCGUAUUUGUCGUCUCGGCAGACGCCUAGCAGCUGCACUAUGUUGGGGUGUCGCAGCUGAGCCAUGGGGAAUGCCUCCUUGAGCACCUCCAUGAACUGCGACUGCACACAGACACACCGAUCCAACAACAGAGAGGGGGAGGUUUGCCGAGGCUCCUGCUUGCUGGGCACCGCUUGGUCGAGCUCUUCAUGUGCUUUGUAGAUUUUGACAGCCACGGGCCGCCCUCGCAGCUCCCCUCGACGGACAACCCCGAACCCACCACUUCCUAAGGAACGGGAUGACAAACAAACACACCCAUCCGUGCAGCCAAUGAAUUCGCUGGGUGGGCGAGUGGUGCUGACCGAGCUCCUUGUCGCUCACAGUCAGGUCUUUGGGGUCGAUCACCAGAUCAGCCAUUGAACACCACUCGGAAAACCCACAAGGUCUGCCGAGGACUGAGUCGGAGAGAGGGG